AUGGGAUACAGCAAAGACGACCUUUUCACAUUACAUUGGCUUGACAAUUCACGUGCACACCGUAUUCUAUGGUUACUUGAGCUUUUAGGGCUCAAUUAUGAAGUGAAAAUUUACUUCCGUCACCCUAAAACCUGGAGAGCACCCCCAGAAUUAUUUCGAGUCCAUCCUUUGGGUAAGUCCCCUAUCCUUGAUAUUGAUUUUGCUGAUGGGAGUGAACGUCUUCAAUUACUUGAAAGUGGUAAUAUGAUUCAAUAUUUGCUUAAACAUUAUGAUUUCGAUAAAGUUUUGGCUCCCAAAGAUAGAAAGCAAAGAAUGCAGGUUGAUUACUUUUUACAUUACACUGAGGGGACUUUACAGCAUUUGUUGAUUUCGUUAUUAGUCAACAGCAGCGCCAAGAAUAUGGCUCCAUUCCCAUUAAAGAGUGUGACCAAAUUAGUUGGGAAAGGUAUCAAUAACGGUUACUACAAGCACGAGUUUGAGUUGAAUAUGAUCUAUUUGGAGAACCAUAUGCGUAAACAAGGAACAGGAUUCUUUGUGGGUGACAAAUUAAGCGGGGCUGAUAUAAUUUUGAGCUUCCCCAUUUACGAGAAUGUGUUUGACAAUAUGAUUGGUGUAAAGGAAUGUACUGGCGAAAAACGAGAUAUGAAGGACUUGUAUCCACAGUUAGCCAAAUGGUCCAAGAUGGUGAGUAAAGACCCUGCUUACAGAAAGAUAAAUAAGUAUAUGGAAGACAAGGUGGAAGAAUAUGUUCGGGCCCAAGCUAAUUUGUAG